AUGGCACCUCUUCGCCAGACAUUUCUUGGUGCUACUCCAUCAGCACAACCUCGCCCAUCAGACCAAAACUCGGAUCCACAGUACCUCAUCGUUCCUGUUCAUCUGAACACUCCUCGGAGUGCAUCAGGCGUCCCCCUCGCAGACAACGCCCUUACCGACCUCAAUCUCCAUCGCGAUGCGCAGGAUUUAGAGGGAGACAGAUCCGUGGAGCCCAGAAGUCUCCUGCACGACAUAGCCUCCCAGCUUGACAUUGGUAUUGAAAGCGAUCAGGGUACCACCGUCGCUUUCCCUCGCUUCUCUGAGCAGCAAUCUGCUCUGACAUUCACCAACUCGGCGGAGGGCCCGAUGAUGCUUAGCGGCAAAGAAGGUCACGGUGGACACGCGCGCAGCAGACCAUUCCGGCUGUUUUUCACGUGCGAGUGGAUCAUAUCGAGCAUGUGCCAUUGCAUUAUUGUCUACAUGUUCGUGAAGUCCCUCCUUUCUUCUCCCUCGAAACGCAUUGGGAGAGAAGAAUAUGGGGCGAAAUCGGAGAACAGGAAGCCCUACCUCCACACACCAGAAGUUGUCAUGGAAUUGACCGAUGCCGCUUCACAAGUAUAA